AUUUUGAUCACCAAAUUCAGAUCACUCUUCAUUUUUUUGGAUUCUGAGCAUUUUCCCAACUCAACCCUCGUUCGUUCAUUCGUUCAUUCAAUCGUUCAUUCAUCAUGCCGGACGACACGCCAAUUGACAACGAUCGCCAGCACAUGCGCGAUGCCUCAGCUGCCCCGCCUCAGGCUGCGUCGCUCCACGGGAUGAGCCCACUGUACGCGAAUUUCUCAAAGGCACAACUUGAGGUCAUUCUGAAUCUCAUUCCGCUGGUGCAAUGGGCGCUGCGUCGCUCCACCACUGCCGAAGCGACGACAACGACGACAACAACGACGAUGACGACGACGUCUGCUGCAGCACCAUCCGAGACGCCUGGCUCACUGGGAACGAGGGCGACGCGCGACCCGCUCGAAGCGAGAUUUCCCGACGAGCCCAUCCGAAUUGCCGACUACGGCUCUGCAACCGGGUCGAACAGCGCCCCCGUGCUGCUGGAAAUCCUCAAGACGCUGCAGACUGUGAGUGCCGCACAGCGUGGCAUUGAUGUGGACGCGACUGCAGCCCAAGCACCAGGCGUGACUACUGCGAGUACGACCACGCAUACGCAGAGUGCGAGCUCGCGUGCUCUGCGCCAGAUUGAGCUGUUUUCGGUCGAUCUGCCGCACACCGAGUGGUCGAGCUAUUUCGAUCUGCACGAGACGCCGCUCAAGCACAGUGGCGACAGCAAUAAUGCUGGGGUUGCUGCAACAACAGGGGCGGCGGUCGGAUCAUCGCUGGCAUCAAUGCCGACAUCCCCGCGCUACUUGCUCGGUUGCAUGGGUGACUUUUACGAGCACGCGACAGGCAGGUCGUUCUACCUUCAGUGCGCGCCAAACGACUCGGUGUCCUUUGGAUUCUCAUCGACAGCGUUCCACUGGCUGAGCAAGCUGCCAUUCCAGCUGACAACCCAUAUCGUCUGCUCGCUGGCAAGUCGCGACGAGCUCGAGCGCUGGAAGGAACACAGCGCGAGCGACUGGCGACAAAUCCUGGAAAUGCGCGCCCUCGAGCUUCGCUUGAACGCAAGCCUUGUCAUUGCCGUGCCCGUCGGCCUGGCAAGCAGCGAUCCAAGCGACUACCGCGUUACUGGCUCUUACCGCGGCAUCUUUGAAAAGCUCAAGCUGGUGGUCGACCAAAUGGCGGCAGACGGUCGCAUCACUGAGGCUGAGCGCGUGGGCAUCACCUUCCCCGCUGCUCAGAUGGUGGACAUUGACCGCUAUUCCGUCUUUUCGCACGGCGACAAGACCGUGCAGGCCACGACGCAAGCCAGCUCCUCUCCCGAGGACUUUGACGAAGGGUUCCGCUCGUGCUUUGUCGGUUCAGUGUUCCACAGUGCACGCUCUAGCCGCCAGCUCCGGUGCGACUACAGUCGCUGCGUGCGAACGCCCGACCCGUACUAUGCCCAAUUUGCCCGUGGCGAAAUCACCCGCGAGGCCUACGCUUUUCAGCUCACACAAUCGAUCCGGACGUGGUCGUCUGGCACUGUUUGGAAGGCCUUCGACAAGGCGCGCACCCCGGAAAACCGCGAGGCCAUUGUCGAUGAGCUGUACUCGCGGCUCGAGCGCGUUCUCGUCGAACACGGCAACGAGCGAGAUGGCGAUUUCCUGACCCUGUAUCUCGCGCUGCAGCGUAUUGCGUGAGCCUUUGAGUGUUCACGAUGUGAUCGUAGUAUUGUAGAGACAGAAUCAAUCGCCAUAACCACUGGCUCGUCGGAUAUCUCUGUGAAUGUUGAAUUGCCAAAAUCGAUUUCUCAGCCCGUCUGUGUCUCCUCAUCCAAAUCCAAAUCCAAAUCCAAAUCCAAAUC